GCUCAAUAACGUUGCUGGAAAAUGGAAAUUUUAUGUAUAUGUGUUCCCUGGAUGUUUCCAAAGUAGAACAUUUGAGUGACGGAAAAUUGCACAUGAACGAUAUGCAGUUGUGCGAUGGCACACGCGAUCUCGUUUUGAUCAAUCAGUCAAGGCUUUCUCAAAUCAAAUACAAUGAGGAGCUGGAAGAAAAGAAGAAAAAUCUGAGUAAGUUAACUGACCAAAUAACGGACGAGAAGCGCAAAUCUGACGAACUGCUUUGUGAGCUGGUACCACCAUCUGUGGCCGAAAUACUGCGCAUGGGAAAGCCUGAGCUGGAAGAAAAGAAGAAAAAUCUGAGUAAGUUAACUGACCAAAUAACGGACGAGAAGCGCAAAUCUGACGAACUGCUUUGUGAGCUGGUACCACCAUCUGUGGCCGAAAUACUGCGCAUGGGAAAGCCUGUCGAAGCACGUGAAUAUCCAGAGGCGACGUUACUUUUUUCCGAUAUUGUCACAUUCACAAAUAUUAGUGCUGCAUGCACACCUUAUGAUGUUGUGAAUAUGCUGAACGAUUUGUUCACUCGAUAUGACCGGAUUGCUAAAAUUACGAAGUCAGUGACGCGCCCACGUACGAACACGCCACUCCGUAUUCGUCUAGGCGUUCACAUGGGUCCAGUUGUUGCCGGCGUCGUUGGAAUAAAAAUGCCUCGGUAUUGCAUGUUUGGUGAUACUGUUUCAGUGGCGAACAAAAUGGAAUCACACGGGAUACCGUCUAGAACACAUGUCAGUGAAAGCGCCAGAAAAGCAGCUUUGCAAACCAAUAGUUAUCUAGAGUUCAGCGAUCGUGGUGUAAUCCAAGUGAAAGGUGUUGGCCAGAUGCAUACUUAUUUUCUCGAACAAAAUGGCCGAAAAACUGUCUGGGAUAUUUGCGGCCGGCCUAGGAGUUGGUUUUUAUCCCUCAACAUACAUGCAUGCAUUUCACUUGUCCCUCAAUACUCUUCCAGAUGUUUUACUCACACCUCAGUCAUUGCAAAAAAAUGAGU